AGGGAAAAAGAAGAGUCUGUGUUUGACUUGGUUGACCUAAAAAUGGCGACUUCGAUGAUUCAGAGAUUGUUCAAACAGGGCACAAAGAUCGUCGGCGUUGGACUCAAUUACGCCUCUCACGCUAAAGAACUUGGCACUGCUCUCCCAAAGGACCCGAUUGUGUUCUUAAAGCCAACUUCUUCGUACCUGGAAAACGGUGGAACAAUAGAGAUACCACAUCCUCUGGAUUCACUUCACCAUGAGGUGGAACUCGCUGUAGUAAUUGGACAGAAAGCAAGAGAUGUCCCAGAACGCUUAGCCAUGGAUUACAUUGGAGGAUAUGCUCUUGCUCUUGAUAUGACUGCUAGGGAACUCCGUGUUUCUGCCAUGGCAUCUGGUCUCCCAUGUACGCUUGCUAAAGGACAGGAUACCUUCACUCCCAUCAGCUCUGUUCUACCGAAGGCAAUGGUGCUGGAUCCCAAUAGCCUGGAACUUUGGCUAAAGGUUAAUGAUGAGACAAGACAGAAAGGUUGGACAAAGGAUAUGAUCUUCAAGGUCCCAUAUCUCAUCAGCUACAUAAGUUCUGUAAUGACCCUUUUCAAAGGAGAUGUCAUAUUGACAGGUACGCCAGAAGGUAUAGGACCUGUAAAGAUUGGUGAGAAGAUAACCGCCGGAAUCACCGGUCUAUCUGAAGUUCAGUUCGAUGUGGGUAGGCGUGUAAAGCCAUUGUGGAGAUAGUGUUUUGUGAACCUUUUGUCGCAACUCUUUUUUCUCUUUUGUAUAGUCCUCACUCUUCAGUUUAUAAGACUUUGUUGUGAAUUGUGAUGAUACAUGUUAAUAAUAUUCUUCAAUAAAAGUUUCAGCUCCA